AUGGACAGAAUCAAUGGACUUUGCGAUGAAUUGCUGAUUAAGAUAUUGUCCUUUGCUCCGACAAAAGUUGCUAUUUCCGCUAGCAUUCUCUCUAAGCGAUGGGAGUUUCUCUGGAUGUGGGUGCCUGAGCUUGAGUACGAUUAUUACAGUGACAUUACAACUGUUGCCAAUCGUGGUUCAGAGUCUUCACGCCUGAGGUAUCGAGAUUUUAUCAAAAAGUAUCUGCCUUUGCAUAGAGCUCCGGUCAUAGAAAGCCUGCGCCUCAGAUUCUGUAUCGGUUUAGUUCAACCGGAGGAUAUCGAACUGUGGGUUGGAAUUGCGCUUCUAAAAGUGACCUACUUGAAUGAAGAUUCUCUUGGACUGCUUCCGUCUUUUUUUCCUGUUCUGGAAGAUCUGGUUAUCGAACGGCAUGGACAUGACAAUGUGAAAGCUGUAGUUGUUACCGUCCCGUCUCUGCAGAGGUUGUCCUUAUGGAUAGAUGGUCGAUGUUCUUCUGAUGGGUUUGUGAUAGAUACCCCUGCUUUGAACUACUUCAAAGUUGAAGAUCACAGAGGUCUCUCCUAUUUGAUUAAGCACAUGCCGAAACUGGAAGAAGCAUUUAUCGCUGUUGGGAGAGGUUUGGACGAGUUUCUCGAAUUGAUCACACCUGUCAAACGUCUUUCGUUACAAGUGUUUCUCAACAAUGAAGACGAGUCUGAGUACAGUGAUGGUAUUGUUUUCCAUCAGCUUGAACAUCUAAAGCUAACUAUAUGCGAGGAUUACUGGUCCAAGUUACUUGUCCGGUUGCUCAGUGAUUCUCCUAAACUGCGAGUCCUCAAUCUCGACGUCCAUGUAAAUGCAUCCGAUUUUGAUAAUUAUGAACGGACUAACUGGAGCAAUGAAUUGAGUUUCACUCCUGAAUGUUUGUUGAAGAGUCUUGAGACUUUCGAGUUUGAAGGGUACGAGGGAAGACCAGAAGAGAGAGAUUUCUUGAGUCUUCUCUUUUUGAAAGCUCGUCGCCUGAAAUCUACAUCAAUCUUUCGCUCAUCAAGCGAGUCCGAGUCCGAAUAG